UGGGGACGAAGCCACCACCACCACCAACCAGCUCGCAGUCGCAGCCUCCCCGCUCCCAUGGCGACCUCGACCUCGACCUCCCUCCUUCCCCCUCUCCUCCCCGCCCCUGCCUCCCCCCACCGCUUCCACCCCUCCCCGUCCGCAUCCCCCCGCCACCUGCGCCUCUCCCCUACGACUCGCCUCCUCCGCGCCGCUCGGCGCCGACACCCCGACGCCGUCGUCGUCGUCCCGGACGCCCGCCCCUGGGUCGGCGAUCUCUCGGGCGCCACCGCUUCCUACCGGGAAGGCGGCGGGGAGGACGAAGACGACGCGGAGGAGGACGACGACGAAGACGAGGACCGCAGCCUGGACCUACUGGCCCGAUUCCUGCACUCCGUGUUCAGGAAGGCCUCCCGCCGGGCGCGCCGCGCCGCCAGGUCCGUGCUGCCGCCUUCAGUCCCAGCCGAGCUGGUAAAGUUCUCGGUAAAUGGCGUGCUCGUCCUCACAUUCUUAUGGAUCCUGAAGGGUCUUCUCGAGGUGGUCUGCACAUUUGGAAGCAUGGUGUUUGCAAGCAUCCUUCUUGUUCGAGGAAUAUGGUCUGCGGUGACUUACAUCAGAGAAAAUCAGUACAGCUACAUUCACCGGAUCGACAACGAUGAUAGCCGAUGGAGCAGAGUACAGGUUGCUGGUUGAUAUUUCGCCUUCCUUCUCUAUGAACGGACACCCACACACUGCAACAACAGGCUCUAGAAUAAAUAUAUAUAUAUAUAUAUAUAUAUAUAUAUAUAUAUAUAUAAAAGGCUACGAAUGGGAUAGAAUGCUCCCAGUUCAAUGCCAACCAUGAUGAUUGUUAUUGCUAUACCCCACAGCUGAACGAGAAUGAAACAAAUCCACUUGUACCUGAACGGAACAGGUGGUUCUUCUCGAGCUGGACGCAUUCAGGAUUGAUGGCUUGAGUUGGUUUGAGCAUGCAAUUGGGGGUGUGCUGGAAAAAAAAAAGAAAUGAAAUUGUGCUGAGUAAUGUUUGCUGUUCUGAUCGGGAUGCAAUUGGAGGUGCCUGGCAAAGCUUGUAUGCAUGUAUGAAUGAGACACGUAACGUAAGCAGCUAAGCUAGUCGCAGAUAUUGGAGAGCUCA